AGCAGAUCAAGCGCCUGCUUAUUUUGCUUCUGGUCGCGUACGCUGUAAGAUGUGUGCGCUAUUUGGUCGUACUCGACUUGGGAACUAAUAAGUAGUUGAACCAAACCGUAGUGGAGCGGGAGAUGUAAACACCCCACUCUCCCACCCAGGAGAAGCAGCCCAUGGAAAGAAGAGUAAAAUCGUUCAAAAAGUGUUUAGUGUUUUAAAAGUGUUGACCUUGUAUUUCACGUGAAAACAGACGCCAUAAAUAAAAUAGCUAAGAAACCGCCUGCUAUUCCACCGACCGCGAAAAAUCGUCGGAAAAUAUACAUAUGAUGUUAUGCAAAUCGUGACCUACAGUUCUGUCUGCUAGUAGUGUAUUUAGUAAAUUUGGGGUGCCAGAUGUGUAGCUGCUUUUUGAAGAUCGGUGGAUAUUAACGUGCAACUCGAUAGGUUGUAGUAUAUCAGAACAACACGCCAUUUAAGAGAAAAAAGUGAAAUCACUAACGAGUUUUCAACGUUAUACAACAGCCUAGUAUGAAAAUAAACAAAGGGGAAGGCAAGAGUGAGAACAAAACAAAACUAGCAUCAGUCAAAACGUCAACAGUUAUAGUUACUACAGUGGUGAUAUUAUAUAGUGGUGAUAUUUAAACAAAGAAAAUAUUGGUGCAGGUAGUGAUUAAGAGCUGCAAAAAUAAAUCAGAAUUUUUAUUUAGAGGCAACUUAGGAAACAGAGAAAAAUGCCAACGUUACUAGAAGCUCUGGAUGCUAAAUAUGGUCUGGGAGACCAGAGAGAAAAACUAGAUGAAGCACUGGUUUCAAUAUUCGUACCUAAAUUGCCACCUAGACUGAGUGUGCCGGAGUUGCUAAUCCUUAACGACUGCAACAUUGACAAAGCUGGCGAACCAGAGGACUUGCGCCGAAAAUGCUGUACUGUGAAGGAACUGGAUCUAGCUCAAAAUAAACUGGAAAAUUGGGAUGAGGUUUUUGGAAUUCUCUCACACAUGCCCCGUGUUGAAUUCGUAAACCUUAGCUUAAAUCGGUUGAACAGUCCUAUUGAAAAUCCCCAACCUUGUAAAAUGGAGCGACUUCGCAGUUUGGUGCUAAACAAUACAAAACUUGAAUGGUAUGGGGUGGAGACUCUUUUGCAAUUGCUACCAGUGCUUGAAGAGCUUCACUUAAGCCUUAACGAAUACACCCAUGUGCUGAUCGACACUGUCAUCUAUGACAGUGAGAGUGAAACUGAAAGUUCCGAAGCAAGAAGUGAUAAUCUAACUUGCCAAUGCGAAGAAACUGCCCAAUCUAGUCAACGUCAAAAUCGCACUUCUUCCGAAUGUUCUUUGUAUAAGAAAACCGAGGCUCACCUUGGUGUGAAGAAACUUCACUUAACCGGCAACCAUAUCAGUGCAUGGAGCGAAAUAUGCCGGGUAGGACGACUGUUUCCAAAUUUGGAAUCAUUGGUACUAGCGGAUUGUCCAAUCAAAUCGUUAUAUCCGUCAAGUACCGACAAGGAUCAGUCAAACUUAAUCUCUUCGCAGCUGGAAAACGAAAGUCAUGAACAUUUCAGGAAUUUGACAUUGUUAAACUUGAGUAAUGCAAAAAUCGAUUCUUGGGACGAUAUCGAUCGAUUGACACGGUUCCCAGUCUUGAAAAAUUUACGUGUACAGUGCUGGCCUUUGUGGGAAAAGUGUGAUUCGACUGAACAUGAGCGACGACAGUUACUGAUUGCACGAUUGCCAAAAAUCGAAGUUCUUAACGGUGGAGACGUCAUUGGUCCAGUAGAGCGAGAAGAUGCCGAACGUUCCUUCAUCCGGUAUUAUCUAGACAAACCAGAAAGUGAUCGUCCCGAAAGAUACUUUGAUCUAAUCGCUGUUCAUGGAAAACUGGAUCCACUUGUAAACAUCGACCUCAGACCCGAAAGGAAGGUUAAAAUCACAUUCACGUAUGGUGAUUCUAGCGAAGAGCGAACAGUUGACGUCUAUAGGACUGUGGUUGAUCUAAAAGCUCGUUUGGAACGUAUUGUCGGGCUUCCCGCUACCAAGAUGCGUCUGUUCUACGUUGAUCAAGAUUUGCGCGAUCUGCAAGGAUUAGAAGAAAUGAAAUAUCCACAUAAACGGUUAUAUAGCUAUAACAUCCGUUCCGGAGACGAGAUAAUCAUCGAUCAAAAGCAUUAACAACAAAACUGAUAUGUGUUUUUUGCAUGUUAAGAUUUUUCAAAAAAUAAUACAGUAAUAAUUUGACUGCCAUUGCUGCUUACAACGAUGCAAUCAUUUUCAUUAUAUAUGCAGCUAAGAGUAUGGUACUAUACAUCUUUCUCACAAGUUACGAAACGCUUAGAAUAGUUUUAAUGUUAUGUAAUAUUUUUUUUAUUUAACAUCGCGAUAAUUUAUGCGUACUAUCAGUUUAUGUAGGGCAUUACCACAGAUAACAGACCUUUAAGCGAGAACAAAAUUCAUUGAAAACCGGGGUAAACUUUAAAACAGGUAAACGUUGGCAAUCAGUGUCACACUAUUACCUAUAUAUUUGUUUGAGAGUUGCACUUCUGCACACUGCAUAGAUUACUGCGCCUUCUACAAACGUUUGCCAAACAUGUUUCGGGCGCUAGCUUUAUUUGAUAUAGCAGUGGUAAAUGUUUACACACAUUUAGAACCGAGCCUAAACGUCUUUUAUUGAUGGUAAUAAUAUAAUCAAUUGUACUAUACAGAAUUAGGCCGUAUACUAAUGAAUAGAAGGCUGUUACGGACAAUAUUGGCAGCUAUCCUAUAUGAUUCGUUCAAGCAGGUAAGUCGUAUUGCGCCAUGAUCUGUGGUGUAAUUAAUUAUGAUAUUUUCAAAGGACAUUAUGACGUAAUUUGAAGAAAAUAUAGGCCGCCUAAAAUGCAAAUAUUACGAAAUAUUAAAAAUCAGUUCUUUGUCAAGUGAAUUCUCUUGAAGCUUAUCUAAAGCUUGAUGGAAUAUACAUCGGUCUACUUGACGGUGAGCAUAGUGAUAAACAGUGUAGCCGCGCCAUAAAAAGUGAGAGCGGUCAUCUAGAUAAUCGAAAAAUGUGCUAUUUGUAUAUUUUAGGCAAAAUAAAACAAGUGUUCUUCAUUCAGGAAUAUUCAGGAAAAAUCGGAUUCCAUGAACUUUUGGCUCAAAAAAUGCAAAACGGCGAACUUAUUCCUGGUGCAGCAAUUCGUAGUUAGCAAACGAAAUAGUUUUCAAACAGUUCUUAUCAGAAACUACGAACACUAGUUUUUUAUUUUCAAUACUUAUUUAUUGUCGAUGAAACUCAAAAACCUCCCAGAAAAUAGAAAUUUUAUUUUAUUUACAUUGCGAACAUAUUAUUUCAUAAUAGAACUCUGACGAUAGCUGAUAUAAAAAGGACAUAUACGUAAAUAAUCAUAUUUUAUCAACUUUAAAGUUUAUUAUAUUACUGUUUUUCUUUGAAAAACAUCGGGGCAGUGGAUUGCACUGGUUUUGCACUGUCUAGCAGAAUUGGGAAUAAAUUAUGAAUUACUCUGGAAGCUGAUAAGCCUCGAUCAACAUUUUAUUCUAUUGUAUAUACCUCAAGAAAUCUUCACUCAAAUAAAAGGUACAUCAACUUCUUUAUGUCCAUGUUGUUUGUAAACAACAACGUUUUAAAACUGCUAAAACUUUUGAUUUAGACAGAAUUUACUCACAAAGACAAGGAAGACUAGUAACUGGGACUAUUAGAACUUAGAACUGAAGUUAUUGUUAUUAGUCUGAUAUAACUCUGCUGGAGCAGUACCACCCGAGAUACUGACAGUUGGCGUUGAUAAAUGAAAUUUUGAUAUAUCUUCAUUAUUUUCCAUUAUUAUUGAAAACUGCUAAAGCGUAUCUUCGACUAUCUUUUCCUAGCAUAUAGAAUAUUGAAAAUUUUCUAGGAGAAUCGUGUUGAGCACCGGAAGGUAAAUAUUGAGCAGUUUCCAUCACUGCGAAAGAAGCAUCUUUCAAAGCGGGUUUUUCGUGUUUCUUGAACCCUAUGAACGCUAGAAAAAAGUUGGGCAUGUAAGGAUUAACUUAGAUUAGUUCUUCAUGCAUUCAACGUGUAAUUGUUCAAAAAGAAAAUAUAUAAUCUAGAAGAACAGCUCAUGAAAGAAAGAAUUAUGCAAUUUAAUAUUCAUUCAAUGAAUAUACGAAUAACCAGACAUAUUGAUAUCUCAUCUAUUCUUAAGCACAGUGACUGUAUUCUCGAGGCCAUCACAAAUAGAACUACGGAAACUCUUUGAUGUGAGAGAGAGUUUAUUCCUGUACUGUAAUGAGUUACUGAAACGAAGAAGCUAUCGUCACAAACGUAGAAUCCGUAGCCUAAUGUGGAUCCUGUACAUAACACUGCCAGUUUCCAUUGGAUUCAAAACUUAACGAAUGCUCAUUAUUUUUCCCCAUUUUUUUGUUAACAACAAUAGGUCAAUUUGUUAAAUGUUGUAACGGCAUUAAAUUAGCAAGGGACUGGAAUGUGGAGUAUAUUUUUCAAUAUUAAGAGCUAAAGGAGAGCAAGGAGUUGAAGGAAGAAAGUUUCGAAAAGCGGGGAAGGGGCCAUAUGAGCGUCUCGGCAACUUAACGCUUUGUUUGCUAUCGCAGGAGCUAGGAUCUGUUGGCAUUAGAAAUGUGAAUCACCUGAGUCUGCGGCAUGUCCGGACGAGCGUAAAGUAACUUUGUAUUUCAAGGCUUAUACAUGCAGACAUUCUGAAAAUGGUUUAUAAAGACUGAUUCGGAGUGUCCUUUGUUAUGUUUGGUAUUGGUAAGGUAUUCUUAAACUUUUUGUAGACUAUCGCUGAUAGUGUAGAAAUCGUUCGAUUUUUUCGAAAUUUUAAAAUCCUUUCAUUGAGGAAUGAAAAUAAGAGAAAUGGAGUAAUAAUAAUCAUUUCAUUCCGCUUUCAUUAAUCUAUUCAUUACAAAAAUAAGCCUUUAAUUAUGUCAAUAAAUUAAAAACUUUUCCAUUCCUACACACAAAGAUCAAAAACGUAAACAUAAAGUAGGAAGCAUGAAUUAUUUUAUACUAAUGAUCCAAGAAAUUAUAUAUAGAUGUAAAAAUAUUAACGGUAAUAUCCAACGUUUUUGAUUUUUUUCCAAAGCUAUGCUGAGCUUUUUUUAAAGUAAUAUCACAACCCACAUUAUAGUUUAUAUGCAGCCAUCGAUAAAAACUUCCGAGGCGCACUAGCAUUUUGGAACAAAUCGUGUUUUAUUCUGCUGGGAAGUGCAAAGCCAGUACAUUCUAACACCCGGUUAUUCGUCAUUUCUUUUUAUAACACUUCCCAUAAAAUUAUUUCGCUGAGUGUACCACUUCCCGGAAAACCGUUUCUCAUAAUACCAUUUCCGUAUAUUAAACAAUACUAAAACCACAGCUCAUUAAACUCACUUUGAAAAGACUAUAUUGUCGAAAAUUGUUAUAAUCAUUCUAUUUGGGAUUUGGUUGAUUAUAUCGAAAAAUUUAAAUUAUUAACACGGUUGGUAAUAUACAAUAUAAUAAUUAUUUUUCAUCUUUUGAGAUUCCAAACUAGUUGUGGAAUAUGUUUUUUGUAGUGCUCGUUGAUUAAAUGGAACAGAUUUAAAAGUUAUACAGUGACACAAUCUCGUAUUCGUACACUUCUAGUGUAUAUGUUUAAUAUUGUUUCAUAAAUGUUUGCGCUAUUUAAUAUAGGUAUUGUUUUGUAAAUGUGGUAGUAGAAUCAUCAUCUGUCAUUUUCUUAUCAUUUGUAAUCUAAAGUGUGCAAGUUUCCGUACACAACACAUAAAAAAUCAUUACUUGGUGUGAAAAUGGCACAAUUUCAUAUUCGUACACUUAUGAAAAGUCAAUCAAUUUGUAAUUUAAGACCUGUUACUUCUUUAUUUUUUUGUUUUACUUAGAAAAAUAGAUGUUAUGACUACAGAAAAGUGUUGAUUGGCACAGUUUCCUCUACACUUGUUUAAGAAAUUCCUUCAAAUUAACGUAAUUGUUAAAAAAGUAAACUAACUGCCAUUUUGGGACGGAAACCAAUUAUUACCAAAAUGACGCUAAAUCACUUCAUGAAAUCUUUGAAAUUGUUCAAAGGUUGCGUCCAACUAUUUACCAUGUCGCUGAAAACUUUGAUGUGGCGAAACGUAGAGAAGGUAUUGCGAAAAACUUGAACCGUAAAAAAUUUACCAUGAAGGAUAAACGAUUUUGAAUUAGAAAAAUUUGGGAAAAUCGAGUAAUUAAUUAAUGUUAUAUACUUGGUAAAAAAAUUGAAUCAUAGCAUUUAAGUAUAAGUCUGCUCUGGUACGGCUCGUAGUCUAUGGAGAACGGAUAAUUACAGUGCCUGUGUUCUGAGCAAGAAGUGCUUCAUCAAUGAGUAGAACAAAGAAUUGAUUUGUUAUUUACUAAACAACAUUGAAACAUUUUGUAGGAAUAUUGGAAAGAUUGUAAAAUUUGUCUACGAGUCCAAAUUCAACAUCUUUGACUGAAAUGGCUGUUGUUUCGAGUGGAGAAAAUCGAACUCAGGCCUGGACGUAAAAGUCUUAUAACAGCAGCUUAGUGAAGUUAUUGUAUGGGGUAUUAUAUGUCCACUAGAAGUGCUAGAAAUUUGGUCUUCAUUGAUGGAAUGAUGGAUCAGAAUGUGUAUUUUAAUAUGAAUAUCUUAAAAUAAUUUUUAAAGUAAAGCGUCCGAAAAAUGGUAUUUUUAUUAAGAAAUGAUGGAUAUUGGAAAUUCGAUCAGGAGAAGAACCUAAAGCAUAAGGCGUGCAAAAAACGUUUAGAGUAAAUUUAUAAUUGUUUAAAUGUUAUGGAUUCUCGACUGCGGACCCCGUUUAUUAACUGACUAGAAAAAUUAUUAUACUGAGAAUGAUCUUAGAAACUACUAUUUAGAAGAAUGGGAUAAAUUUUAAGUUGAAUACACACAGAAACUAGUGGUCAGCUUUCCAAUACGAUUGAAAACUGUAAUUACAAACAAAAGCUACCACAUUGAAUAUUUAUUAUAGAAAUUUCAAUUGAUUUUUGAAAAAAUAUGUGUGCUGUAGGAAUAUGAAAUUGCGUGUAUAUUUGACUACCUUUAGAAUUAUGAUCAUUUUUGAAAAAAUUAGCAUUUGUAGUACAAAGAUAAUUAUUGUAUCUUCGCUAUGCUGUCUAGUAAACUAUUUCUACAUAAAUAAAAUGUCUCGUAAACUAAUUGUUUACUUGUAAAAUGCAUAUAAGCAUUUUGCAUAGCAAUGUACGAAAAUGAGAUUGUGUUACUGUAGCAUUCAUUUGAAAUUGAAAACGUCAAUCAAU